UGUUUUCGAUCGUACGACCUACUGCACGAAACUCUGCGGACGUGCGAUAUCCACCCAAACCCUUUUCGCUGAUUGUAACUAACGUUCUCUUCAGUUUCAGUCAACCGGUAGCUUUGCUCGAGCCGGUACAUGUGCGUGUAGUUUUUGUUUUCUGAAGACAUCCAGUACUACUAGUACUGCGCCGGCGAGCUGGAGUUGGGUGAGCCAGCCGGGAGACGUAGGUAGGUAACGUUUGUUUGAAGUCUCCAGUCGGUCCGCCGGACUGGGCGAGCGAGUUGCAUAGUUAUCAACGACCUGAGCCCCAAGUGGACAUCAAAAUAACAAGGACUGACGUGUCUUGGUGGAGACAAGAGACAAGAAGAGCGAAAAGCCGCUGCAGAGGUCUUCGUAAUCAAACUGGAGAUAACCCGGCGAGUGGCGUGGAGUUUGCAUGGACAUAACGUGCUAGUACUAGUACUAGUAGUAGUACAGUACUCAGUACUAACAAGUAACAGUGGUCGCGGAGUGGAGGACGACAGCGCGGUGCAGCUGGUGGUCGUGCCGCGGGUGAACGAACAUUGUGAGCAAGUCAGCAUCUGUGACAGACCUCCGCGGACCCCAUACUGACCUCCACGCACAUUCAUUCCAAUCGGCAGGCUUCUAAUCACCAAGGCAAGCAACUACGCCGGAGCUUGGUCAGUUGGUGUGUGAGGGCUCGAUUGCGUACGGUGAUCCGAACGACACAAGGCCGACCCUCAGCGGUUGCAGGUACACCGAUAUGUCCGACACCACUGGAAGCCUGGGAGGCGGUAGUCAUGGCACCUCUAGGCCGACCAAGCAGCGGCCAAUGAACACACCGGACCGCGUCGGCGUGCAGCGUAGCACCAUGAGGGAAAACCCCCUUCUUAUCCCGACUAAAGUUGGUGCUGUGAAAAAAGCAUCGUAUGCCCUGCCGGAUCUUCAAUUCUCCUAUGGCAAGAAGACGAUAUCAGAUGAUGGAGGAACAGCCGCUGCCAUCGGUCACUGGAACUAUGGGAACGCCACACGGAAGAGCAUGGAACCGGCGCGAAUGCCACGCGACUUCAUCAAGCUAAACAAGGCGGCAGCAAAUGCAGGAUUGCGCAAUGCCAAGGAAGUCUACCAGUUCAGUGCCAUACAUGAUUUUCGCAAGACGGAGCAGCAUGGCCGGCGACGCGCAUCGGACACAUAUCCGCCACCGGGCAUGACUUUCGGAAAACAAACACGGGCCAGCACACCACUGUGGGAUGUCCUUGGCAACCGUUACCAGAGAGACUGGAUUCAAGAUAGAUAUGAUGCGAGUGAGGUUUCACCAGAUAUAGAAGUCAAGCCAAGUUACGGACAGGUGUACGAGACGCACGCCAGCCUUGUCAGGCGACAUGUUGAGCCCCCGGACCCGCGGCCGCCGUGGAAGAUGGCCAAGUUUGAGCGGGUACCGGCCCACUUAAAGACGUUUCGCAGCAGUCGUGCACGCGAGGAUGCCGUCGCCGCUCAUGACCUGGACAAAGUGGCCAGAACGGGCACCAUUGGUCAUGGUGUGUACGCCACUGCACAGUCGUAACAACGCGCUGACGUCACACGGCUAACUGCACACCACACCGGCAGGCUAUUUGAGUACUAAAAUUGCAUGCAGAGGAUCGUGCAGGCGGCGUAAUGCAUUGCGUACGGCUCAGUGAAGCUUAGAAUCGAAGUCAGUUGGAACCGGGCGUCGCUUGUCUCAGUGAGGAGCCUGGCACCAAUGUCAGAAUAGGAUUGGAUAGGUGCAGAUGCGCUAUACGCAGUGCGCUGCUUUCGUGGAUUCCCUGCCGGGGCUAGUGCACAUAGCAAUGCACUGCGUGUGCGUACGGAGCCGCACUUCUAAGAAUCAGAUGCUUAAAAUGCCGUAGCUGAGCAAGCCUUGUAUACGCAGAGCACCACUCUGCCGCCCGGGCGCUGUGUUUAGUUCCCAUAUCACCAUGUGUCCAGUGCGCACAGCGAGAACAAUGAAAGCAAUCCAUGUCUGAUAAAAUAUAAGUAAAGAAAUAAUAUAUCUGCGACUUCUUUCGAGAUACUGCCAACACACUGUGCCAAACCGAUCAAAUUUCUGCCUUCAAACUGACUUUUACUCCUGCAUGGAAAUGUCAUGUUUAGUGUUGAUUGCAAUUCCGCAAGUCUGCUCUCGUCUGAUUCAUCUGAUUGAUUGUUUUAUGCACUGCUA